AUGCCACGCCCGCGGCAUGAUGAAAAUCCGCCCUUGGUUUCGCAGUGCUUCCUGCAGUUUGUGGAAGACGAGCCGGACCCGGAGCAACACAACAAGACAAUUUUCAAGCAGAGCAAAGAGAUCACCAAACGCUUUCCUGGGGCGCCAAUUAGCAAGCAUCAUCGAGCGAAGUAUAUCUGGCUAUGUCAACUUCAGCUUCAGGGUCCGGGGCCUUUCUACACCAUGAGCCCUAAGGACAUGACAGAGGGACUGGAGCCUUCUGAGGAUCUCUCCCAGAACCACUGCGACAUUUGUGGCAGACCUUGUGGGCGCCUUCAUGUGUUCCGGGCCUUCAAGCCGUGCACAGGAGUGGCCGGCAUGCAUCCAGACCGAAGGCUACACAGCUUCAUCAGCUAUGUGUCAAAGGGCUGUGGCAAAGGUUUACUAGGUGAACCUUCACCAAGAGCCGAACUUCGUGCCAAAGUUUUGAAGAUUUUGCUUCAGCAGACUCAGACCGAGAUCUUGGAGCAACUUGCAGACACCUUCGGCCCGAAAGAGAUGAAGGGCGUGAUUGUUGAGCUGGAACGUUAUGCUGGGGUGAAGAACAACCAAGCUGGCACUGGCAGGUUUGUAGCCGCAGACGCCAAGAUAAGGGUUCCAACGGACCGGGCUGCUCGCCCCGAGGAUGUGUUGGCCGCCUUGGAAUCCUUCAGAUGGCCCCUCUGUCAUAGCCGGGCAAACGUGCGGCCGGAUGGGCAGCUAAAGUUGGAGGCAUUUUGCUUGGGAAUUGCUAACUCCUACAGUGUUGGCUUGACGUCUUCGAAGAUGACCCAUGCCAUGAAAAAUCUGGCCAAACUUGUGGUUGCCUUGGGCAGGCAGUUGCCCGGUCACAGAUUCAGCACUGUACAGCUCAACCUGAAUUACUCCGCCCGGCUGCAUGUAGACGGAAACAAUUGCGGCAGCAGUGAGAUCCUAGCGACGGGUCGCUUUGGUCAAGGAGGGCUUUGGCUCAUGAACCCUGAGGGGAAGAAAGUGGAAGAAGACGACGUGCCGAUGACGGUCACUGAGCCCCUGAAAGGGUAUGAUUUCCGACCGCAGGACGUCAUCUACGGCCGUGUCCAUGACAUUAACGGCAAGUGGUUCCACUUUGAUGGCCGGAUCCCGCAUGCAGCAAUGCCUUACACUGAUGGGCCACGCGUGUCCUUGGUUUUUUUCUGCCGGAAGGGUUGUGACAAGAUCAAGGACGCAGAUCGGGCCUCGCUGGAAGAACUUGGGUUCCCCUUGCCAGACUCCGAAUGGCUGCAGCAGCAGGACACUGAGUUUCAUCAAACACAUCCUGCUUUCAAGAGACGUCGGGUGGACAGCUUGCGACGCGAAUCAGUGGAAGAAGUUGAUUCGGAGGAGGAAGUGGACGAAGAAGAGGCAGACGUUAACGACUUUCCUGGUUCCCGCGAAAGUUCCAGUGAAUUGCAAGAACUGAAGUCGAAAGCCCAGGCUUUGCUGGAGUGCUUGGAGGAAAACCGAAGUGCCUUCAGCAACUUCAGUGUGGCUGGUGAGAAAUUGACUUGGGAGGAGCGUGGUCGCAAAUUGCGGUGCUAUGCCCAGCAGUUAUGCCCUAUUCCAUGUGACACUGCCAUGGAGUGGAUGAUUGAGGCCGCUGGUGACAAACCUUCCAAACUUGGCACUGACAUAAUUGAGGCUGGCAUCGAGUACUUAAAUGUUUGCUUGGAUGAGUGCCGCAAGUCUUCCCAAAAACCUGGCAUUGACCGCAAAUUGACACGUUUUCUGGAGAACUUUGCAGCUUUGCAACAAGCCAUUGAAAACACUGGCCUCAAUGUGCCGGGAUUGGGCAAACUGGUGUCGGAUUCCACUGCAUGGAAUUUGCGGCGGAGCUGCAAAGCCGUUCCAGCGAAAACAUUUGGAGCCCGCUCACCAGCACGGGCGGCUGAAAUGCUGCAGCAGCUAAGCCACCCUGAUGAUCAGAAGUUCGUUCUACACCGGCUGGCCACGGUAGUGAUGGAUACCGCGGAGAUUCAAGAGUUCAUCAGUGCCGGGGGAUUGACGGCGUUGAUGGUUCUGGCAGGCGAAUUUCUCCAAUCCAAUCCUCCUGAAGGUGUUGUGAAGGAUAGCGCAAUGAGAUUGCGGGUCAUGGACAAGUUCCAGAAGGGCAUAGCCCAUGCGAAGAUGUGGUUGGAGGAACCCGUUGGAGAGCCUGGCGCUCGCUUGGAGAAACUUUCGACUUUGCAGCAAAGUUUUAACCCACUCCUUGAGGAGCGUGACUCGCUGCAGGCAAAGGUGCUCAAACGACGAGGGGCCGAGAUGUGGAGGAGGAUCCAUGAGCUGGAAAAUGAAGGUUGGAAUGCGCUCCUGGAGCGCCUCGCAUCAUUGGCCUGCCAAUUGAGAGAGCAACGAAGCUGUCAGGAGCAGCUGGCGAGCGCAAAUCUGGCUUCCAGCGCAGCCGAGGUUGUUCGGUCCCUGCUGAGGAGCUGUGUGGAGGAAGGCAUUUGCAAGCAGCGGCUUGUUGAUACCAGCCCCGAUGGCUUCGAUCAGCUGCGGCGAGAAGCGCGAAAACUCGUAACAGCCAUUGCAGAUUGUCAGAGCAGAGGGCUCUCGCUGGACGAUCUGCAAAUGGCCUUGGAUGAAGCUGCUGAAGCGGGCGCGCAUUUUUGCGAAACUCCUGGGCGACGCCAUGCUGCCAAGUCCUGGCUACAGAGGAAUGGAUUUUCUCCGCAGGUGGUGGAAUUGCUGGAUAGCAUGCUGGAUCGGUUGCCAGAGAUUCGCGAUGAUCAAACGGUCUUGCAUGAUCUUUGCUUACCGCGAAGGGCUGAGAAUCAACUCGUUGAGGCUGCAAAGAAUGGAGAGUUGGAUCCGUUAUUGGGUCGGCCUUCGCUACCACCUGGCUAUGAACGGCGGAGAUCCAAAACCACUGGCCUUUACCUCCUGGAGCCGCAAGGGGGAGGAAACCCGCACUUCUAUUGGAGUGAUGCGUUGAAGACUGCGUUGCCUGCCCACCAUGGCGCUGAAGAUCUGGACCUACCACAUCCGCUUCUUGAAGCAGACGCCAAAGUGGAAGGUUCGCAUCCGCAUCCAUAUUUGGUCACUGCUGGCCUUGGGAACUGGUGCAGACUCUGUCAGGAGACUGCUGGAGAGAAUCAUGCAGCAUCCGAAAAGCAUUGCGCCUUGAAGUCCUUGUGGCAUCGCUGUGUCGCUGUCCUGCGCUCCAUGUGCGAAUGGUGUCACUUGAUACCCACGGAGGUUGAAAAUGAUGAACAAGUUCUAGCAGCAUGGCGUGCAGAGAUCUUACUCGAGAUGCAAGAUCUGCAAGGCCGUUCAGAUCCGGAGGAUGAACUGCAAGUCUUGUCCCUUUUUUGGCACUUGGUCCGGAAGCAGUGGCCCAGCAAGUGGCCUGACAUGCUGGGGGCUUUGAAGAGCUUGUUGUCUGCGGUGGCGGUGGAAGAACCCGAUUUGGUUUCGCAUAUGGCACCACCGGAGCUUGGUGAAGACCUUCCUUGCUUUCCACCGAUCAGGCACCCGCUGAACAAGGAGUCGACCGUUGCAGACCUAUCCAAAUUCACGGUGCUUGAGCUGCUGGUUCGUGGACUGGAACUGCAAGAGUCAGGUGUGUUUCGAUGUUGGUACUGUGAAGUGGAUGUUUCAGUGGAAAAACUGCCCGACCACAUCCUUCCUUGCCGCCAGAAAAAGAAGGGGAACCAUGACAGCAUGCAGCAACAAUGGGACGCCCACGCUUCCUUUAUCAAAGCGAAUGGAUGGACACUCCAGGGCCUGUGCGAGGUGAGAGGUCGACAAGUCUUCUGCGGGUGCUGCCCGGAUCGUGAAAUAAGUCAGGGGAUAGAGGAGCAUCUUGGUACAGGAAACCAUCAGAACUUUGCCAAGCACCUUCCCAAGCCUUCUGCACACGUGGAGGAGAGGCGCAGAAUGAUUUGGAUGGCGGCUGUGGAAGCCGCCGAGACGAAACAGAUGAAGAUGGCCUGCCAGCGGCAGGAAGCUCUGGCGAAAAGUUUGGACUUGAAAUUGGUCUCCACAAGUGACGAGGAACCAACGGUUGCAGACAGGCAGAAGGCCCAAGCUGCGGCAGAUGGAAGGGGUUGCCCUAAGCUCCCAGCCCCGUUGUGUUGGGGUUACAAGGGCACCAAGAAGAAGGAAAUCUACGUAUGGUGCUGUGAAUGCAAAACCUACUGUGGAUGGGUUUUGUUUAACAUGCAACAUGGGCACAACCAGACGGGCAACUGUGGCCAGUGUACACAUUGGGCCAACGCCGCGUACGCAGAAAAGAUGACGUCUGAGCUGAAGGCGGCUAGAUGGAACCAAUGAGCAGCUGGUCUUUGACAAUUUUAAAAUCGUGUUUUUUUGGCAGAAUUUUCAUGGUGGCCUCCGAGUCAGACAGCAGUGAGCAUUUUCGUAGUGUUUUGCUGUUUGUUUGCGGGAGCAAGAUCGUGAGCCCGUGUGGCAAAGGGAAGUUGCUCUGAGGAGACAGAUCAUACUGGCAAUGGACGAU